AUGACAGAGAAGAAUCGCGCCGAACUCGAAAAACGAUCAUCGCUCUAUACCUUUGACGCAGAAGCCCUCGAUGCGAUUCCACCCAGUGAGCGGAUCAUGAUCACCGAUCUUCCACAAGACCCCGAGGGUACGACGCCGGACAAAGUCGGCGACACCAAGUACAACGCAAUCAAAGCCCUCUUAAAAGGUAUCAACGACAUUGAAGCCAGAGAGCUCUUCGGGGGUGACCGAGUGAGCUACAAGGGCCUCGAGAGCCAGGGAAUUACGUCUGCAGAACAAUUGCGUACGCGUAACGGCAAGCUCACCCAUGAAACAUAG